AUGUGGGUGGCAGUCAACUCCAGCAGCUCUUCCUGUCAUGUUUGGUCAAUGAGUGCCAAUCGUUCGGCGUCUGGGAACAGUACUGUUGUGGAGCUACUUUGGGCGAUUGCUGUGGAAAAGUCACCAUAG